AUGAAGGAGGAGCAGCAGCUGCAGCAGCAGCAAAUGCUGCUGCUGCAGCAGAUGGAGCAGCAGCAGCAGCAGCAGCAACUGCUGCUCGAUCAGCAGCAAAAGCUGCAGCUAGGAGCCUUCGGCAGCAGCAGGCCCAACACAGCCUACUAUAGCGAGGGUUCUCCUCUGCAUGCAGCAGCAGCAGCAGCAGCACCAGAAGCAGCAGCAGCAGCAGCAGCAGCAGCAGCAGCAGCAGCAGCAGCAGCAGCAGGGAGAUUUCCAACACAAGAAGCAUGCCUAACCCCAACUGACGAUGGCCCCCCUUCUGCUGCUUCCUCUCAAUCUGUGUAUUCUAGCGAGCUGCAGCAGCAAGAAUAUCUGCUGCAGCAGCAGCAGCAGCAGCAGCAGCAGCAGCAGCACGAGGAAGACUACUUGCUGCAGCAAGAACAAGAUGAAUACCUGCUGCUGCAGCAGCAGCAGCAGCAGCAGCAGCAGCAGCAACGCCUUUUGCUGCCUAGCAGACAUCACAAACAAAAAACAAUUCCUCCUUCAACUCGAAGCAGAAAAUACAAACAGCAGCAGCAGCAGCAGCAGCAAAGGCAGCAGCAGCAGCAGCAGCAGCUGCAGCAGCAGCGGGGGAUGCUUCACCCAUAUGAUUACCCCAGCAGCAGAGUUCAUGUCGUUAGCCGCUCAUCCUCCUCUGUAUCCAGCCACUAG